AUGGCGACGGUACAGAUCGAGGGAACCACGGUAAAAGACAUUCUGCAAGAGGUACCAGUCCUGGAGCGGAUUAAAGUAAAUCCACUCCCAACGCCAGUGGAGCGAAUGAAGACGGACGUGAAGACGUACCAGGAGGAAAAUGCAGAUUGGACACCAAAACAAUGGAUGAAAGCCAGGCAGAACAUCCGCAGCAGCAUCACGAAGUUACAAGGUCGGAUGCAAGCGAUGUUAGACCUUGGCACCGCGGAGCUACAAAGUUACCUAACCAAACUCAAGGAACUUUACAGCCGAAACACCCGCGCGAUCUGGAAAGAGACCAUCUUCACCUGCAUAAUCCGUGACAAGAUGCCGACAACGAAGUUGGUGGAGGACGACAUCGACGCAAGAAGAAAAGGCUACGAAAGCUAUGGCCAGGUCAUGGUAGAGGUACAACGCUUCUACGAAAAGAUCAAAGAGGAAAUUCCAGUACUCUACGCGACGAUACAACUCGAGGAAACGGAGCAGGAAAAGGCAGCCAUCGACAGGGACAAACUGGAGGAAGACAUGAGUGACAUGCGAAAACAAUUUGGUCAGUUAAGCAACACACUCAACCAGACCCUGAGAGAGAUGCAAAGCACGCCAACCACAAAAAAGGCGGCAUCUCAAAGCGACUCAGAAGGGGAGGAAGACCCUUUGAAACGACGCACGAGGCAACGGACACGAGGGAAUGUGGACGAAAGACGAUCAAGGAGAUCCCCCUCAGAAACGGGUUCAUCUUUGGAUGAACCAUUGGCCAAUGCCCGAGGAUCACGAUUGGAGUCGCAAAGAAGGAGACAACCCCAAACCACGGGAGGAACAGCCGGAACCAACCAACAGCUGGACAUGUCCAAUUUGGUCCAGGUACUGUCUGGGGAGCACGCAACGCUCGCAGUGAAAGAAAAGCUGCCAGUGUUCGACGGCAAACCUG